GUCUUUCUCUCACUGCGCUGCCCUCAGCCGACAUUUUUUUCUCAAUCCUCCUUCCCACGAUUCUAAAGGCGUCUUGGGAACUUCUACCAGUAUGGAGGAGCUGUUCGAUGUAUUUGAUGACAAUCCGUCCGCUGCACAGCCGACAGGUAGCCCAGCGAACACACAGUCCAGGAAAGAAAGACGACGAAAGCGACAAGCUGACGGCGAACUCAAAGAUGCGGCCGACGUUGAAAUGGCCAAUGCCGCCUCUAAGAGUGAGACAUCGCCUGCUCCUGACAUGAAUGAUGCCGAGGCCGUAGAGGACGGUGAACCCGAUAACAAGCGUAUGCGAACAGAUGACGAGCCCGAGCCUGUCGUCACUGAUACUUUUGAGACCGAGCAGUCCAGAGAGGUUGACGCCAUCGCCGGCCUCCAAGCCUCGAAAGAUGCAGACAAGAUCCUUUUACACCAUCAGGUUCGACAUCAAGUCGCGCUACCGCCAGAUUAUGACUACGUUCCUAUCAACCAACAUAAGCCGCCCGCCGAACCUGCUCGAACAUGGAAAUUCCAACUUGAUCCCUUCCAACAAGUUGCUAUCGCUUCCAUUGAACGCAAUGAAAGUGUACUGGUCUCAGCACAUACUAGCGCAGGCAAAACAGUGGUCGCGGAAUAUGCAAUUGCACAGUGUCUGAAAAACAACCAGCGAGUCAUCUACACCAGCCCCAUCAAAGCCCUGAGCAAUCAAAAGUAUAGAGAAUUCCAAGCCGAUUUUGGUGAUGUUGGUUUGAUGACCGGAGAUGUCACCAUUAACCCAACAGCCACUGUUCUGGUCAUGACUACUGAGAUUUUGCGAUCCAUGCUUUACAGAGGCUCGGAGAUCAUGCGUGAGGUCGGAUGGGUCGUCUUUGAUGAGAUUCACUAUCUGCGAGAUAAAACCAGAGGUGUAGUAUGGGAAGAAACUAUCAUUCUGCUACCUGACAAGGUUCGCUAUGUGUUUCUGUCCGCGACGAUUCCCAAUGCUAUGCAAUUCGCUGAAUGGAUCACCAAGAUUCACAACCAGCCUUGUCAUGUGGUCUACACUGACUUCAGACCGACUCCAUUACAACAUUACUUCUUCCCAGCCGGUGCGGAUGGAAUUCAUCUGAUUGUGGAUGAAAAGGGUGUAUUUCGGGAGGACAACUUCCAGAAGGCCAUGAGUUCGAUUGCCGAUAAACAAGGAGACGACCCUUCUAAUGCUAUGGCGCGUCGGAAAGGAAAAGGCAAAGACAAGCGCUUGAAUAAAGGAGGCACUAAGGGUCCCUCCGAUAUUUACAAGAUUGUCCGUAUGAUCAUGACGAAGAACUACAAUCCUGUCAUCGUCUUCAGCUUCAGUAAACGAGAUUGCGAGGCAUAUGCCAUUCAAAUGAGCACAAUGUCCUUCAAUGAGGAUUCUGAAAAGGCCAUGGUAUCUAAGGUCUUCGAAAGUGCCUUGGAAAUGCUAUCUCCGGACGACAAGAAUCUGCCUCAAAUCCAGCAUCUACUCCCACUCUUGAGACGAGGUAUCGGCAUCCACCAUUCAGGUUUGCUCCCAAUUCUCAAGGAAACCAUCGAAAUUCUCUUCCAAGAAGGGUUGAUCAAGGUGUUGUUUGCAACCGAAACAUUUUCCAUUGGACUGAAUAUGCCUGCAAAGACCGUGGUGUUUACCAGUGUUCGCAAAUUUGACGGUUACUCUCAACGAUGGGUGACACCAUCCGAGUUCAUUCAGAUGUCCGGGCGUGCUGGUCGUCGUGGUCUCGACGAACGUGGGAUUGUCAUCAUGAUGAUUAAUGAGCAGAUGGACCCCGGUGUUGCAAAGGACAUCGUGCGAGGCGAGCAGGAUAAAUUGAAUUCAGCAUUUUAUCUCGGCUACAAUAUGAUCCUCAAUUUGCUGAGAACGGAGGGCAUAUCACCCGAGUUCAUGCUGGAAAAAUGCUUUCAUCAAUUUCAGAAUACUGCCAGCGUGAGUGGGUUGGAAAGAGAACUGCAGCACCUUGAAGCAGACAAAUCAGCCAUGGUGAUUGAGGACGAGAGCUCGAUACGAGCGUACUACGACUUGAGGAAGCAGCUUGAUGUCUAUGCUGAGGACAUGCGCAAUGUCAUCAUUCAUCCUAAUUAUUCUUUGCCUUUUAUGCAACCAGGUCGAUUGGUGUACAUCAAGGACGGUGAGCAUGAUUUUGGCUGGGGAGCUGUGAUCAACUUCGCACGCCGAAGCACCGGAAGGUCCAACGAGAAAGUAACGCCACAAGAAGAAUGGAUCCUCGAUGUCGCUCUUGAAUGUGGCGAGGGUUCAACACCAACCACCAAGACCUUUCAGUCUCUUCCGGCUGGUAUCCGGCCUGCACAGCCUGGAGAGAAGUCCAAAGUUGAAGUUGUCCCUGUCCUGCUGAAAUGCGUCCAGAAAAUCUCUCAUAUUCGCAUCUUUCCCCCAGCCGACAUGACAAUCUCAGAUGAGAAGAAAAAGGUGCAGAAGGCGUUGCAAGAAGUCCAGAGACGCUUUCCCGAUGGGCUCUCUGUCCUAGACCCAAUCGAGAAUAUGAAGAUCACCGACAACUCGUUCAAGGAGCUUCUUCGCAAGAUCGAGAUUAUGGAAUCAAGACUGGUUGCGAACCCGUUGCACAAUUCUCCACGACUGGAAGGACUGUACAAUCAGUAUGCCGAAAAGGUGGCCUUGCAGAACAAAAUUCGGGCUUUGAAAAAGCAGAUCCAAGAUGCCCACGCCAUCAUGCAGCUCGAGGAAUUGAAAUGCCGCAAGCGAGUACUGCGUCGGUUGCAGUUUAUCAACGAAGACGAGGUCGUUCAGCUCAAGGCUCGGGUCGCCUGCGAAAUCAGUACAGGUGACGAAUUGAUGCUUAGUGAGCUGCUUUUCAAUCGUUUCUUCAACGAUAUGACUCCAGAGCUAUGUGCCGCUAUCAUGAGUUGUUUUGUCUUUGAGGAGAAGGUUAAUGAGCCUCCUGCAUUGACAGAGGAUCUUGCCAGGCCACUCAGAGAGAUCCAGAGACAAGCGAGAGUCAUUGCCAAAGUGUCCAUCGAAUCCAAACUCGCGGUCAACGAAGAAGAGUACGUACAGAGUUUCAAGUGGCAGCUUAUGCCGGUCAUGUAUGCCUGGGCGAAGGGAAAGUCGUUUGGCGAGAUAUGCAAAAUGACCGACGUCUACGAAGGCAGCUUGAUUCGAGUGUUCCGCCGAUUGGAAGAAGCCCUUCGCCAAAUGGCCGAGGCGUCGAAAGUCAUGGGGAGCGAAGAGUUGGAAAAGAAGUUUGAGGAGGCUUUGACCAAGGUAAGAAGAGAUAUCGUGGCAGCCCAGUCAUUGUAUCUCUAGACUGGAUGAUCACUCGAGACGACCCCCUCCUCCCUCUCAUCGCGCAGUCAUGUGUGGGAGGGUCUAUUAUGUAUGAUGAUACCCAUGCUUCUUUUUGACGACACGACAACUAGAGCUGCAUUUUCUGGAACCUAAGGAUGAUCUUAGGGGCCAGUUUUGCCUAGAUCGGCGUCGCACCACAGACCUUGCAAUGCAUCUUGUUUUGGAUGUAUUCCGGAUCUGAGGUUAAAGCCAGUCUUGUCGAACAUCCAAUAUUAAAUUAUGUUUUGCCUUGCAGCGGCGAAAAGCUGCAUGAGAACCCGAACUUUGAACGAGUAAAUCGUUAUCAAUAUGAG